CUUGUAAAGAAGGUGAAGGGGGGUGGGAGGUGGCUGAAGCAAGGAAAAAAAAGGACUAUUUAGGUGAAGCGUAAGGCCGCGCAUCACUUCACAGUUACUAAUGGCUGAGAUUAAGCAAGAAGGUACGACUUCGCCAUCGAACAGACGCCGGAGAAGGAACCACAGUUUGCUCAUAUGGAUGCUAGCAGUCAUAUUGGAAACAACCAGACAUGGCGUGCAUGGUGGCCAUCAUCGCAAUAAUGGUGCAAUAGAGAAACUUCUGACAGCGGGCCUCAUUGCCAAAGCACUUGCCAAAGGCGGAGAAGAAGGAGGAGGAGGUGGUGGCCAUCAUUUUGUGCCUGUCCAUAUACCAGUCCAUCAUCAUGGACAUCACCAUCAUGGUCACCAUCACGCAUCAGCAAGCAAUAAUCAUCAUCAUCACGUUCAUCAUAAAUAUGUUCCAAUACCGGUAAAACACCACACUAAUUUUAUCAUAGCACAUCAUAAAGUACCAGUUCACGUACAUGUGCCAGUUCCAGUGGUCAAAACCAAGGUGGUACACGUGCCAGUAGAGAAAACCAAAAUUGUACCGAUCAUUGUCAAUAAGGACCAUGACAGCCACCACCACCACCACAGCCAACCCAGCUAUCCUUACAUGGCACAUGCUGAUACAGUUCUACGCCCAAAGAAGUACAAGCCUUCAUUAUCUCAACCUCACAUAGCCUUAGCAACAAACUCAAAGAAUAAGCAAGUUAGAAUUACAAGUCUUGGAAAAGUUAAACAAGUUAAAGACCCUUCCUCGAAUGGAACUUCUUUGAAAUUUCAACAUUCAUCUGGAUCUCCCGAUAAGUGGAUUGUAGUGGUAAAAACUAAAAAGCGAUCAUCGAUACGUAGAUCUGGAGACAUGGCAAAAAGGAGUGACACGACUCUGCCCAUGACAACCUCUACGACAACCUCUCUGAAGCCAAAGAUUAGGGCAAGAUGAUUUUUAUCCACAAAAUUUCGUAUGAACAUUUAUUCCACUAUCCGUUGAGCGGAAUUGGGGGACAUCAUCAUCAUCAUCAUCAUCUUAAAUGUUUGUGGUUAAUGAACAUUCUAAAAACAUUCGGUUUCAAGCGAAAUAUAUUAUUAGGGUAAUGGAUGAUUCAAGCCAAUAUUGAAUGUUGUGAAAUUUAUUGAUAAAAUCUACGAACGUAUAGAUUAUAGAGAAGAGAAGAAAAAAAUUUUUACAUUUUAUUUCAAUCAGUAUAUUGAAUAUAUAAAUUGAAUAAUGAAAUUUCCGAUGCUUUUCAAUAAUAGAAUAAAUCACAGCUGAACUUUUUACCUCUAACCCUCAUAGAUGAAGUUAAGCCUGAUGACUUUCCCUGUUUUUUUUAAAACACUAGUUUUGUUUUCUUUUCAAUUUUUAAACACUGGCAACUGCUGCCAAAGAUAAAUGCAACCUUAAAUUAACAAUGGGGUUUAAAAUGCCAUCAACAUAAAUUGUACAAAAUUAAAAGGGAAAAAAUUGCAUAACUUAUAACUGUUUUACAAGCUAAUAUCGCAAACUUUUUAAUUG